AUGAAUACCGCAAAUAAGGAUUCGUGGCACUCAGGGGGAGGUGGAUCGCAAUCUCAUCCUGGAGUUGACCAGAUGAACCAGCCCCCAACACGGCCUCUGGGAUCUUAUGGUGAGCUCCUCUUUCCAUUAUCCCCUUGCCCGUACCAUCCUGUCAACCAGCCCUCCGGGCAUACACUCCCAGCUCUAUCAGAUUUAACUCAAGGCGCUGGCGCCCCUCCAGCAUCUCACCAAGCCCCUCCUAGAUAUGGCCAGCAUAAACAGCCAUCUCAUCCCCCAGGCCAUGCUCUUCCCGGCAUUGGUCAGUCGAUGCAACAUUCACCCCAACAAGCCACUUUGAAUCGCGAACGCGAAAGAGACUCGAGAGAGCGAGAGCGAGACCGUGAGCUCGAUAGACAACGAGAGCUAGCUCGCGAGGACGAAAUGAUACAAAGAGAGCGCGAAUACCGAGAACGAGACCGGGAACUCAUGGAUCGGUAUAAUCGUGACCAACCGCAUCAUCCUGUACAAAGCCAUGCCGGUCCCAUUCCUAUUCAUCAACCCGUGGCAUCGAAAGGCCACAACCCGCUUGGUGGGCCCAAUGGUCUCCUCUCGAACCUCGGUGCAAAUGCUGCGCCUAACCCUCCACAAGGCUCUAUUCCUAGUUCGAAUGCCCCUGGGGGCUUAUUUGGGAACCAGAUGCAACAGCACACAGAUGGCCCUCCCAGAACAUAUCUCCACCAAGGCCAGCCGCCUCAGCAGUCGAUGCUUGGGUUCAAUGGUAAUGCAGCACCUCAGAUUCCAGGAAGUGUAUCUGCAUUAGCACAAGGACAACAGCCAAUUUUAAACGAUGCAUUAAGCUAUCUUGACCAGGUGAAGGUUCGAUUUGUCGAACAACCUGAUGUCUAUAACCGUUUCCUGGAUAUCAUGAAAGACUUCAAAAGUCAAGCAAUUGACACACCUGGUGUUAUCCAAAGGGUUUCCACCCUGUUCAAUGGCCACCCGACCCUUAUCCAAGGAUUUAACACGUUUCUGCCGCCCGGAUACCGAAUCGAAUGUGGCACUGAAGAUAACCCAGAUGCGAUUCGGGUGACAACUCCGUCAGGUACAAACACCAUUUCAAUGCAAUCGGCAGCAAGGCCAUCUUUGGAAACAGCGGGUGACUCUGUGCCGCAAGGUGGCUCUGCACCUGCCGCCGGAUCUGAUUACUAUGACCAAUCCCGUGCCGGAUGGCAGCAACCACCCAUUCAAAGCCAACAACAGCAACAACCACAACAAAUGUCAAGAAUGAAUAUUGGCCCUGGCGGACCUUAUUCUCCAAAAGGACAUUUAAUGCCAUCUGCCAUGUACGGUGGAAAACAAGGCGCGCAGAAUCAACCCCAGGAGUCUGCUUACGACUAUCCGGGCCAACAAGAUCUACAAGCGCAAAGUAACGCUGCAGCAAUUGCUCACCAGCAAGAACAACGUGGUGUUUCACAGCUGCAGAGUGCCGUGUCUGCUGCAACAGCAGGCUCAGGACGAUCAUCAGUCAUGAAUAUGGGAGGUAUGCAACCGCAGGGCCCGACCCAACCCAUGAAUAACCUGACGAGUUUGGGCCCCGGUGUGCUUCAAGGUGUGCAGGGUGAUAUGAGUAAACGUGGUCCCGUUGAGUUUAAUCAUGCUAUUAGCUACGUUAAUAAGAUAAAGAACCGCUUUGCCGAUUCUCCCGAUACAUAUAAGCAGUUCCUAGAAAUCCUCCAGACAUACCAGCGAGAGUCGAAACCAAUUCAAGAUGUUUACGCUCAGGUUACGCUCCUUUUCAACGCUGCUCCGGACCUUCUAGAAGAUUUCAAACAAUUCCUUCCGGAAUCAGCAGCCCAAGCAAAAGCUCAAGCAGCAGCAGCUCGCCAAUUAGCUGAAGAGGCUACGCCUCUCAGUAAUAUACGAGGUGAGCCCGGAUAUGCAAGCUCCUCCACCUUGCUCCAGGCUCAAAACCGUGAUGUCAAAAUGCCCCCUCUCGGCCAGUUUAACGUGAAGGAGCAUACAAAAGAUAUAAAAAAACGACGUGGCCAACCUCCCUCGCAGCCCCCAGGGGGUGCCGGUUUGGGAACAUCCUCAAAUGUAGUGGCUGAUUCUGCUAGCAUCACCAGCAGUCAGGCAAACAGGGCUCCAGGUACGCAGCCAGGCACCGCCGGCAAGAGAGCCAAAUUGAGUCACAAGCCGACGACCCAAGCUGAAGUUCCCCCUGUGGUAUCUCCAACACUUGUCCCGGCUCUUCCAGAACCGAUUUCUCCCACCUUUACACUCACUCCGUCUCAUGAAGAAUAUGCAUUUUUCGAUCGCGUCAAGAAGUACAUAGGGAACAAGCAAACUUUUGGUGAAUUCUUGAAGCUUUGCAACCUUUAUUCGGCGGACCUGAUCGAUAGAAAUAUCCUUAUCAACAGAGCGGCUAGUUUCAUAGGCGGCAACCAGGAAAUUAUGUCAUGGUUCAAGAGAUUUAUGCACGUUGAGCCUAAGGAUGAGAUCAUUGAACCGAAAGCCAAACCGGAGUCUGGCGUUGUUAAUUUGUCCCAUUGCCGAGCCCUUGGCCCUAGUUAUCGACUGCUGCCGAAGCGUGAGCGCCAGAAGCCUUGCAGCGGUCGUGAUGAUAUGUGCCAGAGUGUUCUUAAUGAUGAAUGGGCGUCACACCCCACGUGGGCCUCAGAGGAUUCGGGCUUUGUUGCCCAUCGCAAAAAUCAGUAUGAAGACUCUCUCCACCGUAUUGAGGAGGAUAGGCAUGAUUACGAUCAUCACAUCGAAGCUUGUAUUCGUACCAUUCAGCUUAUGGAACCCCUUGUCCAACAAAUGGCGACAAUGACUGAAGCUGAGAGAGCGAAUUUCAAACUCCCUCCUGGGCUUGGAGGGCAAAGCGAGACGAUUUACAGGAGAAUCAUUAAAAAGAUUUAUGAUAGAGAGCGUGGUCAGAGAGUUAUUGAUGAGAUGUUUGCACGGCCAUGCAGUGUGCUUCCUAUUGUUCUUGCCCGGCUUAAGCAGAAGUGCGAAGAAUGGAAAGCUAGUCAACGUGAAUGGGAUAAAGUAUGGCGCGAGCAAAUGCAGAAAGGCUUUUGGAGAAGUCUUGACCACCAGGCUAUAAUCAUGAAAGGAUCCGACAAGAAACUGUUCAUCGCAAAACACAUCCAGCACGAGAUCCAAGCCAAACUCGAAGAACUCCGAAAUGUCAGGAAGAGCGGAUAUCAGGUCCCCAACUAUCAAUUUGAUUUCGUCUUCGAUGAUUCGGAGGUUCUUGUGGAUGCAACUCAUCUUUUGUUAUGCUAUAUCGACCACAACUCUAGCGGCUUUGGAGCAGAUCCAAACAAAGUCAUAAACUUCUUGAAAGACUUCAUUCCUGUUUUCUUUGGCAUGGAUCGUGAGGGCUUCAAAACAUAUCUCAGUGAAGUUUAUGACACCACGCCGACCAGCGAGGAAGCUGAAGAUGAAAGUCCCCCACCUGAAGAUAUUUCUACGAUCCGAUCUCGCAGAAUCGCGAAUGGCAAAAAGUUAGAUCUUUUACGCGAUGUUCUCGAACGCCGCAAUGAAAAGACUCCACGUAUUGAUAGAGAUGUUAGUGUGCGCUCUGGCAGCAGAGCGUCGACACCGGGUAUAGGAACCCUUGUUCCAUCCACCCCAAUUCCAGACCCAACUGAUCCAUUCGACGUUGCUGAACUGAAGUGGAUGGAGCAUCCAAGCCAGGGAAAUUUUAACCAACAGCGCGAAAUUCCCUUGAACGAAUCAUACAAGAAAAAGUUCCAUCAUCUCUACUGCAACUUAAACAUCUACUGCUUUAUCCGCACGUUCGAAAUUUUCUAUAGCCGCCUUCUCCGCAUUAAAUUGUACGAGAAAGAGGCUCACGAAGCUGUGCGCAGAGCGAUGGCUCCAAAGGCUGCCUACGACCUUGGGAUGAUCGACAAGUCUCCUUCUGAUCUCCUCUACGAUACGGACCCAAAGUCCAUUUUGUACCAUCAGAUUGUCCGCAUGUGCGAGGAAGUGAUCAAAGGAAACAUCGAUAUGUCUCAUAUGGAAGAGACCCUGCGUCGGUUUUAUUUGAAGACUGGCUGGCAGCUGUACAACUUGGACAAGAUAUUGAGUGGAAUUUCUAGAUAUGCUGGCGGGAUUUUUAAUUCUGACCCUAAGGAUAAGAGCUCCGAUAUCAUCAAUAUCUUCUUUAAGGAGCGUGCCAAGGACACGACAACUCAUAACCAAGAGAUCCAAUACCGGAAGCAGAUUGAGAAAUUAAUUAAGGAAGGGGAUAUUUACCGAGUUACCUUCAUCCCUGCCACUAAGCAUGUCACGGCUCAGCUUUUAACCGCUGAGGAUGGUACUCUUGACAAUGACGAGCUCAACGCAGAAGCUAGGUGGUCAUACUAUGUCUCUGCGUUCUCGAUGCGCGACCCGACUGAAGGAGUUCCAUUCUCACAAAUGCGCAUGCCUUUCUUGAGACGGAACCUCCCUGGCAAACUGGAUUCUGAUGAAGAAUAUAGCCUGUAUUACAAGCCUCUCAUCAACCAUGACGGGCUGGUCAUCCGGAUAUGCGCCAACAGCUAUCAUAUUCUGUACGAACCUGGGACCGAGGAUUGGUGGUAUCGCCAGCCCAAUCCGGAAGAGGAUCCUACAGAGGCUGCGAGGGAGCGUGCUGCGGUCAAGGAAAGGCGCAAAGACCGGUUCAGGGAAAAGUUCGUCGACAACCCCAGCUGGGCGCAAGAUUUCACGGAGGAGGAGAUUGACCAGUCAAACCAACAAUUCCGAUCGUGGGUCGGCGAUACAAAGGUGCAAGCGGAGCCGACAACGACGCGUGGCGAUCAUCGUGGUAAUUCUAGUAAAGAUGGCGAUACAGAGAUGAAGGAAGAUAAGGACCAAAACGCAGACGAGGAAAUGACCGACGCGGCUCCAGAAGUUCCAGCGGCAUCGUAACGAACAUGGCCAACAUCGAAAUGGGAGUUAGUUUGUGUUUUUCCUCCUUUCAUCGUCUCUGCGCGCAGAAUGUCGACUUCUUUGUCCUUUUUCCUGUACUUACUUGUUUUUCAUUAUUCCUCUCGAAUUGCUCUUUCUUCUUGCUCUUGUUUGUUAAUAUUUAUUUCAACUAUUUCAUUUCCCUUGUCAUCCACAUCUUAUCUCCUACACUGCUCAGCUAAAUCUAAAUCCUCCGCAUACGGACAAGGUGUGGUGAUAUCGCUCGGUACUCUUCAUGGAUAUGGGUUUAAUUAAUUAUUGCUAUUGUUUGGUCUAUCGGCGAAGAAGUUCAUUUCGGUGGAGGGAAACUUGAAUACUGAAUAUGAGGGCCCUGGUAUCUUUUUAU